AACCCUAGUUUGAGCAAUUCAUAUCUGAGCUCGUACUGACAUAAUCACUUCGAAUUGCCCGUGGGCAGUAAACACCGAAUACGCAAAGACGAAGGAACUCACCGACUGAACUUGAGAGUAAUUGUGGAAAUCGAUGAUCCAACUGAAGAGGAUGGCAGAGAAAGGACUGAUUUUCACAAUGUGAAUUAA